AUGAGCAGGACAAGUGGAAACUCUCUCUUCUGGGUUUUCUCCUACCUCUGCCUGGGGACGUUGGUUUCUCUGACGGAUGCCAAAGGGACCUAUUACCACCACCCCGCCCCUGUCUCUUACAGUAACAGAUACAAUCUUUAUACCUCAGGAUCUAGCCCUCAGCUCAGCCCCGGGAAGCCCAUGGGGAAGCACAAGAGCUACUGUGCAUACGUGGUGCAGAGAAAUGUGACAUGCACCCUGCAGGAUGGGGUAGAGAGCUACGUGAAGGCAGAAUAUCACAAGUGCAGCUGGGGGCCCAAGUGCCCAGGGAAAGUCCUGUACCGCACCUUCUACAGACCCAAGUACAAGAUUGGCUACAAGACAGUGACUGAGCUGGCAUGGAGGUGCUGCCCAGGACUCAUGGGAGAAGGGUGCCAUGACAGCCCUACCAACCAACCAGGCCUGCUGCCCCAGCGCCCCAGCCCUAAGAUUACUCCUGGUCACAAGAUGUUUCCAGGUCCUAGAGUUCCUCCCCAUCCCCAAAUCCACCCUGAGCCGUUUCCAGGUCCAAAGAAGAACCACUAUGGCAGGAAGAUGCCUGGCAUCUUUGGGGACAGGCUGGACCGGCUGGAAGAGGAGGUAAGGCGCCUCUCGCAGUCCUACGACAGCCUGCACAAUGUGGUGAGUGGGCUGGGGGACCACCUGCGUCUGGCCAUCCAGGAGGAUACCAACAAGAUGAUUGGGUCUCUGAUGAACAGCCCAAGCGUGCCUGACUCAACAGUGGGCUUUGGGGUCAUUCCCGAUGGGAUUGUGGAUGUGGCUGACAAGGCGGACAUCACCACCUAUCCACCCGUGGGUGAGAUCCUGGCCAAGGUGAGCGAGGUGAGCGACGUGCUGAAGACCAAGACAGAUUUGCUCAAUGAGGUGCACGGCCUGGUCCUGGACCAUGAUGGGCAGAUCAAACACCUGCUGGAGUCAGCUAGGCCAUCACCCCUCACCUCCAUCGACAUGUUGGAGGAGUACGUGGACACCCGGCUGAGCAACCUGCGAGCAGAGAUGCUGGAUGGCUUUGAGAAGAAGCUGGUGAAAAUCCAGAGCACGUGCGACUUCAGGAUCAAGGAGGUGCAGCAGCAGUGUGAAGAGGAGAAAGCUGCCAACUUGCGGCUACAGCAGACCCUGGACGGCAAGGAACUGGAGAUCAAGAAGGAGAUCUCCCAGCUGGAGACCCAGAUCCAAGGGUUGACCGUGGUGGAGAGCUGCUGCGGCAACCUGAACUACCUCACCGAGCGCAUGGACAUCCUGGAGAAGGGCCUGCACAGCAUCUCUGAGUCCCAGAAGAACCUACACUCACAGCUCAAUGGUGAGUUCUCCACCAUCACCCUGGGGAGCCUUGUUGAAGGGCGCUUCGAGGACCUGGAGGCGAGGCUCAAUGCUACAGAGAGAGAGACUGGCAGCUGCUGCUCCAGCUUGGAGGACAGCAUGAUGGGCCUGGUGGGGUCAGAGUUGGAUGGUGUGAGGACCUCGUUUGAGGACAAAAUGAGGACCGUGGAGGACAGGUUCAUGACCAUUGUGGGGGAGCUGAGCAAUGUCAGUGCCCCAGCGGGCCUGGAUGGAGCUGUGAUGCCCUUGCUGGAGGGAGAGCUUGCCAACAUGAGGAAGCAGACAGACGAGAGACUGGAGGUGCUGCAGAGCCGGCUCACCACCCUGGAGAGCACCUGCUUACUGGGCUGUGCCUCUGCUUCCAAAGAUGUGGAGACCUUCCGGACGGAAAUUGAGGACUGCCAGAGCAAGAACCAGGAUCUGCUGCUCAGAAUGGACAGUAACAACGACCUCCUGCGCAAGUUGAAUGCCACCAUCCUGGAGAUCCAGAGGCGGAUUGAGGAGGAGGCAGCCGGCUCCCUGCAAGGCGAGAUCACCCUGCUCAAGAUCAACCUGAAUACCGUGAGCAAAUCCCUGACAGGGCUCAAGGACUCUGUCUCCCAGUACUCCAACACCGUGCUGCACGUCAACUCUUCACUGGACGAACACGAACGCAAGAUAGAGGACGAGGUGCACUCCAUUCAGGAGAAGGUCAGCGACCAAGGCUCGCAGCUCAUCUUCAGCAACAAGCGCGUCCUGAACCUGAAAGGCGAUCUGGAGAGACUCAAAGCCAGGAUCGUGAAUGACCUAAGCAACUGUAAGAACGUCGCACACGUCCUGCAGAAGGAAGUGGCCCAGUUCGACAGCCGUGUGGCCCAGGUGGAAAACAUGUGCGGCGGGCUUGGUGCCAUGACGGGGAGCCUGGACAUCAUCCGUGAUGAGCUGGAGAAGCACACAGGCAGCCUGUGGGGCUACAUGGACCAUAUGAAUGGGACUUUGGCCACCCACUCUCAGGAAAUAACUGUACUGAAGGACAACUUGCUGGAUUGCCAGGCCAAAGUGACAGAGCUGGCCGAACAGGUCACCCACUUGGAAGGCGCUUCAGAGGGGAAGCAGCAUUAG